ACGAACUCUUUGAUGUCUUUACCGCAGCUAAGAGGCGGUACUACUCGAUAGGCUGCUGUUUCCGGCAGACUCGACCACCUUCUUGAUUUCACCAACACCAAGUCCGGCGUAGAGGCUGUCAUGAUCUUCCCUACUCCUGCUCCUUUGAUCGCGGCUGCGAAAAUUCUGUAUUCCAUUGCAGCGGAAGCUCCUCGUUACAAGUUAACCAAAGUAAGCGUCGAUGUCCGACCCUGUGUCAUCAUCGGUUGACCAUUAGCUCCAUGUAGGAAAAUUGUUGGUUUUUCGCCUCCACCACCCAGGAAAUGUUGGUGCGGAUGUUUGGGGCAAAGUAUGAGAGAGGGUCUCUUAACCAUCCCACAAUCGGUUCUAAGAGACGAGAACGGAUUAAAGUCCUGAUGUAUCCGCACAUUAGAAAAGACAUUAAUAACAAAUCGAAGACCAUUCUCGGAUUCGCUGAUUCAGUGGAAGAUUCAAAGCUAACGAUGGCUGUGAAGUCCGUCCUUGAUACUAUAAAACAUCACCAUUUCGCUAAUCACGGUUCCCCACCCAACGAAUUCCAAAUCUCCACAUCCACUCAAGCACUCCUUGCCGUAUUUCAGCGGACAUUACACGAACACCUACAUGGAAUCUGUGGAAUUAAAGGCGCACGGAUCUUCUCAAACGAUUUCACCGAUGAAUUAGUUCAGAUCAUCCCAUCGUUGGAACAACUUCAAGAAGAUGCUCCAAUAUUGAGUAUCAUAAACCUCUUGGAAUCAUCUCUGCGGGAAGGUCUUGCAGUGCAUCGCCGUUCCUCAGUCAUGUACGUUUGCUCAAAAGUGACCUCAAUUCAUUUUCCAAGCCCUCUCCGGGGAAGGACAUGGUGCUUUUCUCAUUGGAGCUGCUUGGGCGAUGUGCAGUGCUGGAUCAGUUGCCAGCGCUAUGGCGUUUCCAAGUAGAUGCAGAAAUUCCUGAUCUCCAACCUGAGUUUGAG